AUGGCACGUUUUAUUGCUACUAAUUUAGGCCAUUCUAAUCCUAAUCGCGACGCUUCCUUACAGGCCGUUAAAGUAUCAAAAAAGGAAUAUUACAAAAAGACUUGGUUAUUUGUUGAGGAAGCAGAAAAGAAAUUAGACGAACAUAUUGGAUUUGCAGAAGAAAAAGAAACUUUUCUCAACCAUAUUAAGGUCUACAAAAUGACGAAUGGAAGUUUCUGGCCGGCCAAGGAGGUAAUUUGUUAUUUUAGUGCUCCCGGUAUGGGUAAAACGACUUUUGUAAAAACUUUGGCGAAGGCAAUGGGUCGGGAAUGUGAAACAAUAUCCCUAUCUGGCUUUCAAGAAACUAGUGAAUACUCAAUUUUAGGGGAUGAAAAUAAGCCAAGUUUAGUGGCGUGGGUCAUUAAAAAAACUGGCUGCAAAAAUCCGGUUAUUUUACUUGAUGAAUUAGAAAAAGCCGAAGACCCAAAAAUUCAAAAGGAAUUGCUCGAACUUUUUGGAAAGUAUAAAAAUAAAGAAAAGUUUACCGACAA